CGAGAGAGUCUCUCGGUUGUGAUAUGCGAGGAGCCGGGAAUCGAACUGAGGUCUACAGUGGAAGGCUCAGCGCCACAAUGCAAGCCGGCUCCUCUUAACCGGCGUGAUACUUUUUAACAAGCUGCCUUUUGAAGCCUCCGCACCCAGGUGCGCACGCGCGGGAGCGGCUUCUGCGCCUGCGUACAAGGCUUCAAGCGCCUCCGAACCUCCACCUGCCGGUCACGGAAGUCUCGCGAGACUACGGAGCGCGUGAUUUUAGAGACUGGCGGGAGCCCCCAGCAUCGCCCGGCACGGUGGUGCUGCUUCUCCGAGAGGGCGCGGGCGCGCGCCCCCGCCCCCGCCCCCGCCCCUCCGCGGCGCCCUGGCCCUCAACUCUCAGCCCCGGGCCCCGCCCCGCCCCUUCUCUGCUCCCAGGCCCUCAGCCCGCAGCCGUGGCCCGCGGCAUGGCGGACAACACCAGCCCCAUCAGCGUGAUUCUCGUGAGCUCGGGCAGCCGCGGCAACAAGCUGCUGUUCCGGUACCCCUUCCAGAGGAGCCAGGAGAACCCCGCGGCGCAGACUGAUAAGCCUCGGAGCAGAUAUGCUGUUAAUAGCACAGGUGACCACACUGAUGACCAGGACGGCGACUCCAGGUUUUCAGAUGUCAUCCUGGCAACAAUUUUGGCAACCAAGUCUGAAAUGUGCGGCCAGAAGUUUGAACUGAAGAUCGACAACGUGCGGUUUGUUGGGCACCCGACUCUGCUGCAGCACCCGCUGGGGCAGGUCUCCAAGACAGACCCGUCUCCAAAGAGGGAGGCACCCACCAUGAUCCUCUUCAACGUGGUGUUUGCACUGCGGGCCAAUGCUGACCCCUCGGUGAUCAGCUGUCUGCACACUCUGUCCCGGCGCAUCGCUACCGUACUGCAGCACGAGGAACGCCGCUGCCAGUACCUGACCCGAGAGGCCAAGCUGAUCCUGGCGCUGCAGGACGAGGUAUCUGCCACAGCUGACGGCAGUGAUGGCCCGCAGUCCCCGUUCCAUCACAUCCUGCCCAAGUGCAAGCUGGCCAGGGACCUCAAGGACGCCUAUGACAGCCUCUGCACAUCUGGAGUGGUGCGUCUGCACAUCAACAGCUGGCUGGAGGUGAGCUUCUGUCUGCCCCACAAGAUCCACUACGCAGCAGCCAGCCUCAUCCCGCCCGAGGCCAUAGAGCGAAGUCUGAAAGCCAUCCGCCCCUACCACGCCCUGCUGCUGCUGAGUGACGAGAAGGCCCUGCUGGGCGAGCUCCCACUCGACUGCUCCCCGGCCCUGGUGCGUGUGAUCAAGACCACCUCUGCCGUGAAGAACCUGCAGCAGCUGGCGCAGGACGCAGACCUGGCUCUGCUGCAGGUCUUUCAGCUGGCGGCCCACCUGGUGUACUGGGGCAAAGCCAUCAUCAUCUACCCGCUCUGCGAGAACAAUGUCUACAUGCUGUCCCCCAACGCCAGCGUGUGUCUGUACUCCCCGCUGGCCGAGCAGUUCUCCCAGCAGUUCCCAUCACAUGACCUGCCCUCCGUCCUCGCCAAGUUCUCCCUCCCUGUCUCCUUGUCUGAGUUCAGGAGCCCCCUCGCCCCCCCUGUGCAGGAGACACAGCUGGUGCCCAUGGUGGUAUGGAUGCUGCAGCGCCGCCUGCUGGUUCAGCUGCACACCUACGUCUGUUUGAUGGCCUCGCCUAGCGAGGAUGAACCCCAGCCACGGGAGGAGGAUGUGCCUUUGACUGCGAGGGUUGGCGGCCGGAGCCUCAGUACCCCAAAUGCCCUCAGCUUUGGCUCCCCAACCAGCAGUGACGACAUGACCCUCACGAGCCCCAGCAUGGACACCUCCAGUGCCGAGCUGGUGCCUGGUGGCGACUCCCCGCUCAGCAAGCGCAUGACCGAGAGCCUGCUGGCCAGUCUGUCAGAGCAUGAGCGGACGGCCAUCCUCAGCGUGCCCGCCGCCCAGAACCCCGAGGACCUGCGCAUGUUUGCCAGCCCGGGGCAGCAGCACACUGACCCCAGGCUGCCCCACCCAGGCUCCUGCAAUACUUCCGAGGCCGCCACCACCUGGAGGAGAUCAUGUACAAUGAGAACACUCGGCGUUCCCAGCUGCUCACCCUCUUUGACAAGUUCCGCAGCGUGCUGGUGGUGACCAUGCACGAGGACCCCGUCAUCGCCGUCUUCCAGGCCCUGCUCACGUGAGGCUUGGUCUGGCUCUCCUCUCUUGGACUCUCCCCCACUCCUGGGCAUCAGGCCUCAGCUCCACCAUUUGAGGGCCACCCCGCUGUGCUCCAUGGCCCCUCCCGUGGCCACCCUGGAGUGUGCUGGGCCUUGCCCUCCUGAUGGCCUUCGGGUGUGAGGCCCCAGCACUGCCAUCAGCUCCUUUUCUGUGGAUGCCCUGUCUACAUGUUCUGCUCUGUGAGUGCCCCCUCUGUGGUGCCCCUUGUCUCCCAGCUUGCCAAGUGCCUUUUCUGGCUGCCACCACACCCCAUGCAGCCAGUCCCAGAAGACUUGGCCAGGCUGUCACCCCCUAGGCGUGAGGGCCCAGGCUGCCCAGUCUUGCAGUCAGUGACUGUGCUUCUGGGGGGUGUGCCUGGUCCCCCCCUGGUGUGGCUACAGUGGCUGUGCCACAGGCCCUCCUCGCCCCACAGAGACUUGGGUCCGGGGGCUCUGCUGACACAGCAGUGCACUCCAGAAAUAAAGGCUUUAUUUGGUUA